AUGUUAGUAUUGAAUUUAUCAAAAUGCAUCAAGUCUGGCANAGUCUGGCACAUGAACAACGAUCUGAAUUUGUACGACCCGCUGGUGGACAAACGCGUGGAGGUUCGCGCAUUCAACAUCCUGGAAGAUUUGGGUCAGGUCGAAUACGUGUUCUGUGACAAGACGGGCACUUUGACCGAGAACAAAAUGGAGUUCAAGCGGGCUAGCAUACAUGGUGUGGACUACUGGGCCACAGGGUCAGCCGGUAGCACAGAACAAAAUAACGGAUGCAUUCCGAACGGUUCGUCAACCAAUCCCAUCUCGGAUCCUGUGAAUACGACCUGUGUGCAAGUUCGCCACGAUGUCGAUGUAUAUCGAUCUCUGCCUUGCCGUCUGCACGCCUCCGCCCCACCCACCCCACGCCGUCCCACACUUCACACAUUAAAGAUCAUCCACUUUAUCAAAAAGAUUCUCUUUUGUUUUUGA